AGAGGUGCCGCCUUUGUGGGGCGCGGUUGCCCCCGCCCGCCCCCCUUGGGAGCGCUGGAUGCGGUGCCGCCGCUGACCGCCGGCCGCCAUGAGCUGCGAGGAGGACUACUACUCCGACGAGGAGUACUCCGACGAGUACUCGCUCUCCGAGACCCCAGCCCCCCGGCGGAGGCGGAGGGACGCCGGCGGGCGGAGGCGCAAGGACCACGGCCACCGGAAGAAGGAGCGGCGCCACCGGAAGGAGAAGGACCGGGAGCGCCGCCGCCGCGGCCGGAAGGAGCACGGCCACCGGAAGGAGCGGAAGCGGCGCCGGUGCGCGGACGGCAGCCCGGGGGAGAGCCCCCCGGCCCGCGGCGGCCCGCGCCGGGCCUCGCCCCCGAGGAGGGGCCGCCACGGCGCAGUCCUGGCGGAGCGGAGCCGCUCGCCGCGAGGAGGGCGCGACGCCAGCCCGCGGGGAGAGAAGGCGCUGCCCUUUGAGAUGCCCGCGGACGGGCGCCAGCUGACGCUGGCGGAGGCGUGUGAGGCGGCCGGGCGCGGCGUCACGACGGGGCAGACGGCCCAGGACAUCGAGGUCAAAGUGCUCGAUCCGAACGAGGAGCCCGUCGACAUCGACAAGUUCGAAAGCUUCGACGACGCCCGCGAGUUCCCGCGUGAGCUUAGACAGGAGCUGAAGGCCGCCGGCUUCCCGGCGCCGUCCCAGAUCCAGGCGUACACUUGGCCCCUCGGGCUGCGUGGCAAGGACAUCAUCGGCAUCGCGGCCACGGGCAGCGGCAAGACGCUGGCCUUCCUGCUGCCCGCGUUCACGGAGAUGGUCGACAGGGGCCACCGGCCCGAGAGGGAGGGCCCCGGGCUGCUCGUCCUGUCGCCGACCCGCGAGCUGGCGCAGCAGACGGAGGUGGAGGCGACCAGGUUCAGCAAGUGCCUCGGCUUCCGCUGCGUGGCCAUGUACGGCGGCCAGCCCAAGGGCCAGCAGCUGAGCAAGUACCGGAUGGGGGUCCACACCAUCGUGGCGUGCCCCGGGCGGCUCAACGACUUCCUGGAGGGAGGGCAGAUACGCCUCGACGGCGUGCUGAAGCUCGUGCUCGACGAGGCCGAUCGCAUGCUGGACAUGGGCUUCGAGCCCCAGAUACGCAAGAUCUUGGCCAAGGUGCCGCGCAAGCGCCACACGUUGUUCUUCACGGCCACGUGGCCACGCGAGGUGAGGCAGCUCGCCAGCGAGAUCCUCACCAGGCCCUACAAGGUGAUGAUCGGCAACCGGGACGAGCUGAAGGGCAACCAGGACAUCAUCCAGCAGGUGAGGAUCGUCGACGCCCGCUCGAAGGAGAGGGCGGUGUUCGACCUGCUGGAGGAAGCGGGGCUGCUGAACAGAGACAGCAAAGGGAAGGCCCUCGUCUUCGCCAACACGAAGCGCAUGUGCGAGCAGCUCUCCAACGGGCUCGUUCGCCAGCGCGUGCCCUGCACUUCCAUCCACGGCGACAAGGAUCAGAUACAGCGCGACGACGCCCUCAACGGCCUGAAGAAUGGACGCCACAAGGUGCUCGUCGCGACCGAUGUGGCUGCUCGUGGCUUGGACAUCAAGGGGGUGGGCCUCGUGGUGAACUUCGACCCCGCCAACAACACCGAAGACUACGUCCACCGCAUCGGGCGAACGGCCCGUGCCGGCGCCAUCGGCUACGCGG